CUGCCAUGGCGGCGGGUGGUGCUGCUCCACUAUCGCACGCCGGGCCCGCCCCGUCUGGGCCGCGGGGCGGAUGAGGCGUUGCGCCGGCAGCUGGUUCCUGUUGUCGUAUCGGGCCUGCCGAGCCGGGCUGUCAUGGAGGCCAGGAAGAUGAACCUGCCGCGAGGCCCCGAGAACCUCUGCUUCGACAAGGACGAGUUCAUGAAGCCGGAUUUUGACGUCGAUCACUUUGUAUCCGAGUGUAGGAAGCGCGUGCAGUUGGAGGAGCUCAGGGAGGAUCUGGAGCUCUAUUACAAACUCCUUAAGACGGCCAUGGUAGAGCUCAUAAAUAAGGACUAUGCGGACUUUGUUAAUCUCUCAACGAACCUGGUUGGCAUGGACAAGGCCCUCAAUCAGCUUUCAGUACCCUUGGGACAGUUAAGAGAAGAAGUUAUGAGUCUAAGGUCAUGUGUCAGUGAGGGAAUUCAAGCAAUAGAUGAUCGUCUGUCCAAACAGGAAGAUAUCAGGAAAAAAAAGGUGUGUGUCCUGAGGCUUAUCCAUGUUAUUCAGUCAGUUGAGAAAAUUGAGAAAAUUCUACAUUCCCAAGGCACUAAUGAGUUAUCCACUUUAGAAGGAAACAGCCCGCUUUUAACUGGACAGGUUUUAGAGAGAAUUGCCACAGAGUUUAAUCAACUACAAUUUCAUGCAGUACAAAGCAAAGGAAUGCCCCUUCUGGACAAAGUGAGACCACGUAUAGCUGGAAUAACAGCUAUGUUGCAGCAGUCUCUGGAAGGGCUACUCUUGGAAGGACUUCAGACUUCAAAUGUUGACAUAAUACGUCACUGUCUUCGCACUUAUGCAACAAUUGACAAAACACGAGAUGCAGAGGCAUUAGUUGGUCAAGUGCUUGUAAAACCUUACAUGGACGAGGUGAUUGUGGAGCAGUAUGUUCAAGCUCAUCCUAACGGCCUUCAGGUCAUGUACAAUAAACUGCUGGAGUUUGUGCCUCACCACUGCCGUCUCUUGCGUGAAGUUACAGGGGGAGCUAUUUCAAGUGAAAAAGCAGAUAUUGUUCCUGGAUAUGAUUUCUUAGUGAACUCAGUGUGGCCAGAAAUAGUACGUGGUUUAGAAGAAAAAUUGCCAUCACUAUUUAACCCUGGAAACCCAGAUGUGUUUCAUGAGAAGUACACUACCAGCAUGGAUUUUGUACGGAAGUUUGAACGGCAGUGUGGCUCACAGGCCAGUGUGAAACGGUUGAGAUCUCAUCCCUCCUACCACAGCUUUAACAACAAAUGGAACUUGCCUGUUUAUUUUCAGAUAAGAUUUAGAGAAAUAGCAGGGGCCUUAGAAACUGCACUUUCAGAUUCCCUGGAGGAAGCACCAGAGGGCAGCUCGUAUUGCCUUUUGGCUACUCACAUGGUCUGGAUGAGUCUUUUGAAGUGUUGGUCGGAUCAGAUGUUUUUACCAUUGUUAGCACACCGUCUGUGGAAACUUAGUCUGCAAAUUUUGGCACGUUACUCUGUGUUCAUUAAUGAGGUUUCUGUAAGGCCCAUUUCCAGUGAGAAUACAAAAGAAAGCAAAAAAUUAAUGCCAGCUGGUAGAAGGGAAACUUCUGUAAACCUCAGCUCUAAUGAGGACCAAGGGAAUGGAUCUUCCCCAGAAAGUCAGCCUUUGCCUUCCAUAUCAAGUACUCAGUUGGUGCAUGUUGCUGCAGAUCUGGAUAAACUCCAGGAAAAGAUUCCUGACAUCUUAGAAAUGAUGAAACCAAAACUUGAGAUGAUUGGCUUCAAGAAUUUGUCUUGUAUUGAAGGAGCCUUGGAAGACUCAAAGACUUCCUUAUCAGCCUGCAUACCUACGUUGAAUAGCAGGAUUAUCCAGGAUCUCAGCGAGUCCUCUUUCACUUACCUGAAGAGUGCACUGGAAAUUCCAAGAUUAUAUAGGAGAACCAAUAAAGAAGUGCCAACUAAAGCUUCAUCUUAUGUUGAUAGUGCUCUUAAGCCCUUCUACCGACUGCAGAAUGAGUACAGAAAUGUACUGAAACAGCCUAUGAUCCAUCAGUGGUUGGAAGGUGCCCUCUCUGAAAGCACACAAAGGUAUUAUGAAACUGUAUCAGAUGUUCUGAGCUCUGUUAAGAAAAUGGAAGAGAGCUUAAAAAGGUUGAAGCAGGCCAGGAGGACUGCAGCUUUGAACCCAGUUGGUACAAAUGGGGGCAUGAGUGAUGAUGAUAAAAUUCGACUGCAGCUGGCUCUAGAUGUCGAGUAUUUUGGAGAGCAAAUACGAAAGAUGGGACUGGAAACAAACAACAUAAAAAGCUUUUCAGCCCUUACAGAGCUUGUUCUAACUGCCAAGGAUCAGGCUACAGUGGAACAAUCCUAAGUGGUUUUGAAAACGUGAUUGACGAUGAAGGAAAACUAUUUGUUAUUUUCCCAAACAAGUAGCAAUGAAGUGCUUCCUGCUGCAUCUCAAGCAACAAAUCGGUGCAUCUUCUGUUUGUUUCACCAAAAGAUUGAGAGUUUACCAAUAGUUUUCCAUUAUAUGGAAAGCAAUCAUAAGUCCUAAACUUCUUACUGCAGAAGUGGGAAGUGGAAGAAAAUGUUUCCAUUAUUUUUCUUGUAAAUGUUAUUAUGUAGAAGAAUGAACAUAUAUGAUGAAAAUAGUAUGUAAUAAAUUGUCUUCCUAACUCUGAUGUCCCAUUUGUUUUUUGAAUCAAAUAUAUUGCUAGUUGUCUAAAUCUUCCUAAGGAACAGCUGUUCUGAAAUAAUGAAACUGUUCACAGGAAUACCUGUCUGCUGUUUAUUGCUGUUGCUUUGCAUUUAUCAGCUUUCCCUCAUCAUGAGUCAUGCUUUGCUCUUGUUAGGAUUUCAGAUGUUCUUAUCUUACAGAUUUUUUUAAUGCACCUUGUUGGUGAGAAGUGCUCCGUACAGAAAGCUGCUAAGGUACUGUAUAAUUAAAAAGUCAUUUGUAGUACCGGUACCUAACUUUCUGGCUAUUGCUUCCAUAAUUGUUUCCCUUCAAACUAGAACUUAAUAUACUAAGCUACCUGUUGUGUACAUUAUUGCAAGUGUGGUGGAAGAAUUCGUUGGGACUGGGGAAACCUAAGUUUCCUAAGUGUUUCCUAAGUUUCAGUGGGAUUUUCGCAUCCAUAUUCUGAUGGGACAGAAGACUGGGAAAAAUAUAUGUGGCAAUAACAGAACAGCUGCUGAGAAGUGGCAGACUGAGAAGAUUUCACUGUUUUUUGGUAGUGUUUCGUACGCAGUUAUAUAAGAUACAGUGUGAAUAAUGCCAGGAGAAAAUCUGUCUUAAUAUGUUUCAUUUUAUAAAAAGAGUGAGAGCUUUUUAAACUGUUAGCUUGGCAAACUCCCUCAUAGGUUUGGAACUCUGUCUGAGCUCUUCUUGGAAUCUGCUUUGCUGCCUGUACUGAAGUUUUGCAGCUGGAGCUUAAAUACCAAGAAAAUUAUUAACUGUGGAGGUGAAAAAGAAGAAAGCAAAAAAUAACACAUCCACCUUUCUGUUAGAACUUCAUUAGCUAUAUGGAGUGAAGAGUAAUACGUGGUAAGUAUUUUAGACGUAAAAUUGAUGUCAGAACAAGUCUCAGUAAAAUAAUGUUGUUAGGAAAGUGAACAGAUGCCAUGUUUUUCAGCAUUUGAAUAUUCAGGAAAGCUUAUCUUUUUCAUACUGUAGCAGGGACUCCAGAACUUCUCUCUUCCACAUAGAACCCCCUGAUCCCUUUCUAUGGGGCUGCUCUCCAGCCUCUCUUCCCCAAGGCUGUACAUAUACCAGGGCUUGCCCAAUCCCAGGUGCAGAAGCAGGAGCUUGUUCUUGUUAAACUUAAUGCAGCUGGUGAUUGUCCAGCUCUCUAGUUUGUCAGGAUGCCUCUGCAAUGCUUUACAGGAGUCAGCAGCUCCUCCCAAUUUAGUGUUGUCCUCAGAGUUGCUUACUUUGCCUUCAAGUCCUAUGGUCCAAGCAAUUGAUGAAAAUGGGGAAGAGAAUUAGACCUAAAACAGAGCCCUGGAGAACCUUAACAGUGACUGGGCACUAGCCUGAUGUAACCCCAUCUACUAUUACCCUUUGAGCCCAACCUGCCAACCAAUUGUUCACCCAUCAUACUAUGUUUUUGUCUAGCUAUGUGCUGGACAUCUUUUCUAUUUGAAAGCUGUGAGAAACACCAUGGAAAGCUUUGCUGGAAUACAAAAAGAUUAAAUCAGGUGGCCCUUUUGGUCAACUGAGUAUGUAAUUGUGUCAUAAAAGGAGAUAUAAGUUCAUUAAACAAUUUCUUAUGAUUCCAUGUUGAUGGUGAACAAAGGCUGCAUUGUUUUUCAGAUGUUUUUCAAUAACUCCCAGAGUAAUUUUCUGGCUUGUAAUUAGCAGGCUCUUCUUUCUUGUAAUUCUUGAAACCUGGGACUGCAUUUGCCAGCUCCUAAUCAGCUGAGACCCAUCCAGAUUCACAAGACAGUUGAAAAAUAGGUCUUACAAUAACAUCAGCCAGCUGUGAGUUCCCUAGGAUGAAUCCAUUUGGACUCUCAGACUUAGGCAUCCAGCUGGAUGCAUCUACUUUCUUCCUUUUCAUCCUCAGGGUGUCAAUGGGCAGCUGCUUUCUACUGCCAGUAUUUUCCUUGUUUCUCUUCUCUGUAAUACUGAGCAGUGCACGGAGUCCUUUAGUAUCUUGUAGUCCCCAACUACAAAUGAUGGUGUUUUGUCCUAGAACUUAAUGGCAUCAUUGCCAGAGAUUCCCUUACAUUACAUUCCCAUCUUCAUGGUAAAAAUGGAAACUUUUAUGAUCUGCAGUUUUAUUUGCGGUUGAUUGUACCUUCUGGCUUCAAUGAAUAAGUGGAAUAACUUAAUCGAGCCUUUAUGAAUACUUGGAAGCUGUCUGUUUCAUGCUUACAGCUAUAGCGUUGGCACUAAUUUGCAACUUACUGUCUUGUAAAACAUAAAUCUGAUUUAGAGCAAAUUUCAAAAGUUGGAACAAGAGAUCUAGUUGUUACAGGCAUAAACCCAACUGAACUGUGGCAAAGCAAUUAGAAGUCGGUUUUAUUUGUAGCUUUCUUGUUCUGCAAAUUCAGUUAAUUGCUGCUGUGUAUAUUGCAAGCACAGUAUUUAUAUGUUAAAGCAUCAGGAAUACAUACAGAAUAAUUAGAUAAAUGCAUGGAUAUUAUAGCAUUUGAAAUCCUAGUAUUCACAAGAGUGAGUUGUGUUAUUAAUAGUCUUUUUUAUUAAGUAGAAGAAUCCACUGUGUAUCUGUAGCACCGAUAGCUAGCUGCUGACAUGAGUGGUUUUGGGCAAGAUAGAAAUCUGUACCGCUGUGGAUGACAGUGAGAUACUGCUCUCUGCGGAAUACAUCUGGUAUCGUACUGCAGAGGGGUUUGCAGUUACUGUCUGAAUGCCAUCAGCUCCAAAGGCAAAUCUAAAAAUGUGAGGUGGAAGUCUGUGUGCCAAUAAAAUCAAAGGGAAAAGCUCUUGCAGGCUUUUACAGUACCAAGAUUUCACUCCCAGUUUCUCUCUUUCUCAUUCAGGAUUCAAGUCUUAAUAAUCUGUUGUUCCAGUUUAAUGUUCCCAAGUUCUGCAACUGCUGAAAUUUGAACUGUUAAAACCAUUUUAUUAACACAUAGCAGCACACUCACCAUUAGUAUAGA